UCCCCUCAGCGGCUCCCCACCGCCCCUCCCCCGCCGUCGCUGGAACCUGAGCCCGGGCGUCGGACGGCAGCGGCUGAGGACGAAAGUUCCGGAAGGGGCCUUUCCCACAUCAUCGGUGCUUGCUGCACUCAUCUUUCUGAGGAUGGCGACCCCGGAUGUGAGUGUUCACAUGGAGGAGGUGGUGGUGGUAACGACUCCGGACAAUGUGGUCGAUGGCAGCGGCAUGGAGGAGGUGAAAACCGUGCUCGUCACCACCAAUCUGUCCCAGCAUGGCAGUGACCUAAAUGAAGACACCCUGGAGACAGAAAAUGCAGCUGCUGCAGCUGCUGCUGCUUUUACAGCCUCUGCUCAUCUGAAAGAAGCCCUUUUAGUGAAGAUGGCUGAAGGAGAUGACUGUGUGGAAGCUGAGAUUGUUUAUCCCAUCACGUGUGGUGAUAGCAAAGCCAACCUAAUAUGGCGGAAGUUCGUUUGCCCUGGCAUCAAUGUGAAAUGUGUCCAGUAUGACAACCACUUGAUUAGCCCCAAGGAAUUUGUCCAUCUGGCUGGCAAGUCCACCUUGAAGGACUGGAAGAGGGCAAUCCGGAUGAAUGGGAUCAUGCUAAGGAAGAUCAUGGAUUCAGGCAAACUGGAUUUCUACGAGCACACAAAAGUUUGUUCCAAUACCUGCCGAAGCACUAAAAUUGACCUGACUGGAGCCAGAGUGCCUCUAACCAGCCAGACUUCAACAGAAUACAUCCCUCUCACCCCUGCCUCUGCAGAUGCUGCCUGCCACAUUCAUGGUGCUCUGAGAGAAUUGGCAGUGAACGGGUCUCCUGCCACUAUCACCAUAGAAACAUGUGAGGACUCCACCGAUUGGACCACCACUAUUGGAGAUGAUACGUUUACAUUUUGGCGAAGUCUGAAGGAAGCAGGCUUGUUGGAGGAAGUGAUCCAGGAGUUCCAUGUGGAGUUCAUGGAGACCAUGAAGGGCCUGCAGCAAAGGAGCCAGGAUCCCCCGCUGCAGCUCGGCGAUGCUGUUUUGCUCAACAAUACAGUUCAGACGUUUGGCAUGCUGGACCUGGUGAAGAAAGUGUUGGCCAGCCACAAGUGCCAAAUGGACCGUUCCAGAGAGCAAUAUACACGAGACUUAGCAGCUCUGGAGCAACAGUGUGACGAGCACCGGAAGAGAGCAAAGGAGCUAAAGCACAAAUCCCAGCAUCUCAACAACGUGCUGAUGACCUUGACCCCGGUCUCCAUCCCGUCCCCUCUGAAACGGCCCAGGCUGACCAGAGCCACGUCGGGGCCUCCUGCCAUCACCUCCCAACUCCUGACUCAGUCGGCACAGUUCACCCUCGCUCCGGGGAUGCCCGUCACACAACUGGCCAACCUGCCUAUUGGCAAAGUGGUCUCUGCUCUCCCAGCAUCGACUCUCGGGAAGUCCACAAUGCAAGCUGCUUCUGCCGGCAACCCAGCCUCCCCGCUGCUGGGUGGCUACACCGUCCUGGCAUCGGCGGGUUCCACUUUUCCUAAUGCUCUUGAAAUACACCCGGACGCCUCCAACCUCACAGUGCUGAGCACUGCGGCCAUACAGGAUGGCAGCACCGUGGUGAAAGUGGUGAGCCCUUUCCAGCUGCUCACCCUCCCGGGACUGGGCACUGCCAUCCAGAAUGUAACGCAGCUGUCUCCCAGUGGGAGCACCAUCAUGACUGUGCCAUCCAGCAUGGUUGAGGGUGCCACAGCGACUGAAGAACAUACUACCAUUGAGGUAACGACAGUAGCAGAAGAGCCCGAGCAGAAGUGAAGCACUGACUUUGGCCCGCUUUCCGGGGUGUGCGCUGGGCAUAUGCAGCCAUCCCUCUGAUGAGAAGAAGAGGGCAGUGGGAAAAGAGAAAGGCAGACAGGUUGGCUAAUGGGAGAAUAGUGAGGCUGGAGAGGGGAGAGAGGCAGAGAGAGCAAAGGGAGAACGUCAUCGAAAAGGCAGGGGAAAGUUCACUAUUCCACAGGAACCAUUAAAAGCUACAAUCUUUCUAUCCUUGGCUUGUUCCCUAUCUCUAGCCGCCUCCACUAGCACAAAGAGUGUGUAGAGAGAUGGAGGCAGGCAAAACAAGUUGCCAGGAAUAAAAUAAUAAUAAAAAGAACAAGGAAAAGCAAACGAUGAGACAGCAAGCUGGGUGUAGCUCUAGAGAUUACUGGGCAAGCAGCCAGAGGGGCAUUUUCUGGGUUCAGGCUUGGCUCGUUGCUCAGUGUACAUGGUGUGUCAUGUGCGUGGUCGGUGGCUUCCCUGCCACGUAGGAAAGCAGGUGCGAAGAGCGGCCACGCUCUGGCAGCUGGGCCUAGAUGGAACGCAUAGGAAGGGUGGCAGAGGCUCAUUGGCGUAAUGCACAUGGGAGAAGCCUAGGGAAGUCCUCUGACUGGGCGGGGGGGUGG